CGGACCUGGGCGAGAUGGCGGCUACCGAGGGGGUCGGGGAGGCUGCAGCGCAGGGCAGCGAGGCUGGUCAGCCGGAGUCGCCGCCGCCCCAGCCGCACCCACCGCCGUCCCAGCAGCUUCAGGAAGAAGAGAUGGCCGAGGCCGGAGAGGUGGCGUCCCCAAUGGACGACGGAUUUCUGAGUCUGGACUCGCCCACCUAUGUCCUGUACAGGGAUAGAGCAGAAUGGGCUGAUAUAGAUCCAGUGCCGCAGAAUGAUGGCCCAAAUCCAGUGGUCCAGAUCAUUUAUAGUGAAAAAUGUAAGUUAAUUUUUAUUCAGCAAAGGCAUUUUCGGAGAGUUCUCUUAAAAUCUCUUCAAAAAGAUCUACAUGAGGAAAUGAACUACAUCACUGCAAUAAUUGAGGAGCAACCUAAGAAUUACCAAGUUUGGCAUCAUAGGCGAGUAUUAGUGGAAUGGCUAAAGGAUCCAUCUCAGGAGCUUGAGUUUAUUGCUGACAUUCUUAAUCAGGAUGCAAAGAAUUACCAUGCCUGGCAGCAUCGACAAUGGGUUAUUCAGGAAUUUAAACUUUGGGAUAAUGAACUGCAGUAUGUAGACCAACUUCUCAAAGAAGAUGUGAGAAAUAAUUCUGUCUGGAACCAAAGAUACUUUGUAAUUUCUAACACCACUGGCUACAAUGAUCGAGCCAUAUUGGAAAGAGAAGUCCAAUAUACUCUAGAAAUGAUCAAGCUAGUACCGCAUAAUGAAAGUGCAUGGAACUAUUUGAAAGGGAUUUUGCAAGAUUUUGGUCUUUCUAAAUAUCCCAAUCUGUUAAAUCAGUUACUUGAUUUACAACCAAGUCACAGUUCCCCGUACCUCAUUGCCUUUCUCGUGGAUAUCUACGAAGACAUGCUAGAAAACCAAUGUGACAACAAGAAGGACAUUCUCAGUAAAGCAUUAGAGUUAUGUGAAAUCCUAGCUAAAGAAAAGGACACUAUAAGAAAGGAAUAUUGGAGAUAUAUUGGGAGAUCCCUUCAGAGCAAACACAGCACAGAAAGUGACCCACCAACAAAUGUACAGCAAUAACACCAUCUCAAAGAACUUGACAAAAUGCUCUUAUUUUUUAAGAGACUCUAAUGCAGGAGUUUAAAACUAGAGAGAUCAUUCCCUUUGCCUGUGGUGUAAAGCGUUUUAUUACACAGGUACUGCUUUUUAACAAGAACUGAGUGUGAUGCUCCUUGGGUGCUGCUGCUUUUCAGACAAGUUCUAGGUAACUUGGUUCUUCUAAAGUGAAGUUAUUUGUGGCAAGAGAGAAGAAACAGAAAAUCCCAUAAAGAAACUUUGUAGUUUUAUCAACAGUUACUCCUUAGUAUCACCUUCUUCCUAAACAAUAUGUGUGUCAGGAUUUGAGCAAUAAUGAUUGCAGGUAACUUGUAUGUAAUGGAUGUGAAGUAGCUUAAAUUUUGGUUCAGUAAGCGGGGAAUGUAGUAGUUACAUUAGAGCUGCUAAGCCACACUCACAGUAUCUUGCUAUCACUGUAACCAACUAAUGCCAAAAGAAUGAUUUUAUAAUAAAAUAGUUGUA